AUGUCAAGUCACUGCCAUGAUGAGCACGACCAUUCUGGCCAUGACCAUGCAGGGCAUGACCACUCCGACGACAUGACGCCCGCUUUGCAAUACUCCCUUUACCAACACAUCAACUUCGACGAUAUCACAACCCUCAACGAAGCACGAGGCGACUCGGGCAAAGCUAUCGUGAAGAAGACGUGGGCGGAACGAUUGAAAACUGAGCCGGAGCUUAAGAGCGAUGCGGAUGAGCAGCUGCUUAUACAUAUACCCUUCACCGGACAAGUCAAGCUCCACUCGAUCCUAAUCCGCACCUCGCCCUCGUCCUCCGCGCCCCAAACCCUAAGAGUCUUCAUCAACCGCGACGAUAUCGAUUUCUCAACCGCCUCCGACCUCUCCCCGACUCAAGAAUUCAAGCUCUCGCAAACCUCUGAGGUUCAGGAUAUCCAGGUCAAAAGAGCGCUGUUUGGGAAGGUGCAGAGCUUGACGCUAUUUGUGGAGGAUAAUUAUGGGGAUAGCGAGACGAGAAUUAGUUACUUGGGGUUCAAGGGAGAUUGGAUGCAGCUUGGAAGGGCGCCGACGAACAUCAUCUAUGAGGCGGCGGCGAACCCGAGUGAUCAUGCAACGAAGGGGACUGCGAACAAUCACAUGAGCAGUCAUCUUGGGGGAAGCCAUUGA